GGCAUAAACCCUCAGUCCCUCACCGCACUUUGUUUCUCUCCAGCUCAAAACUCUCUCAUUUAGGGUUUUACAAAGAUGGCGACCCACCUCUCUAAGCUCGCUACUGCCAAAACCCUAACCGCCCUUCUCUCCCGCUCCCUUUCUUCGGUCUCUCUCGCUUCUCAUCCUCUCAAGUCCUCUCCUUCUUUCUCCUUCGCUCUCUUCAAUCGCCUCCGCCCUCUUGCUGCCGUCAAUAUCGGUCGCUUUGUCGCUGCUCCUACUCGCGGCUUGUCCACACGCGCCACGUCGUCCUCCCUCAACGAUCCUAACCCAAACUGGUCGAACCGGCCCCCGAAAGAAACGAUUCUGCUUGAUGGGUGUGACUUUGAGCACUGGCUUGUGGUUAUGGAGCCGCCUGAAGGAAACGCCACUAGGGAUGAGAUUAUUGAUAGCUAUAUCAAAACCCUAGCCAUGGUCAUUGGCAGCGAACAAGAAGCAAGGAUGAAGAUAUAUUCUGUUUCAACUAGGUGCUACUAUGCAUUUGGGGCUUUGGUCUCAGAAGAGCUCUCAUACAAGCUCAAAGAACUGCCAAGAGUUCGAUGGGUUCUGCCAGAUUCAUACUUGGAUGUCAAGAAUAAGGAUUAUGGAGGGGAACCUUUCAUCAAUGGGGAAGCAGUUCCUUAUGAUCCAAAGUAUCAUGAAGAAUGGAUAAGGAACAAUGCGCGAGCAAAUGAGCGAAAUCGGCGCAAUGAUAGACCUCGUAACUUUGAUAGAUCAAGAAACUUUGAGAGAAGGAGGGAGAACGUGCAGAACCGGGAUUUCCAGAAUCAGGGCAUGCCAAACUCUGCUCCCAACAGUACCAUGCCUCCUCCCAACAACAUGCCUCCCAACAAUAUGGGGAGAAUGCCACCUAACAACAUGGGAGGCCCAUCAAACAACUAUGGAGGAAUGCCGCCACCGAACAACAUGGGAGGCCCAUCAAACAACUAUGGAGGAAUGCCGCCACCGAACAACUAUGGGGUGCCACCUGCUAACAACUACAGUGGAGUUCCACCAGCCAAAGAUUAUGGAGGAGGGCAACCAGCCAACAAUUAUGGGGGGAUGCCACCUGCCAACAAUUACGGGGGAACGCCACCCCAACCCAACAAUGCUGGCAACAUGGGAGGAAUGCCACCCCAACCCAACAAUGCUAGCAACAUGGGAGGAAGGCCACCCCAACCCAACAAUGCUGGCAACAUGGGAGGAAUGCCACCUAAUGCAGGAUGGUCCAGUAACACGCCUGGGGGUGUACAUCAGAAUGCUGGUCCUGCGGCUCCUGCCUACCAAAAUGCGCCAAACACACAGUACCAGAAUAGCUACACACCAAACGAAAAUAGAAACGUGCCUGGUGGAAACCCUUAUCAGCCUUGAGAAUCUGCCCACAAGAGUUGUUUUCUAUCCACUGAGUAGAGACCUUUUGGGUGGUUGUAGAUAACUAUGCCUGGACUUUAGAUUUAAUGGCAUUUGUAUUCUGGUUUUCCUAAACAUGUUAAAGAAUUAUUGAUGCUAUUUGCCUUUUCAGACGGUCUAGUGAUACUUAAGAUCAUUGUUUUUGCUAUCAGGGUAGUGAUAAUUUUUUUCAUAAUCUUAGACAACCUUUUAAUUAAUGCAUUUGUGAUGAACAAUCUCAAAAACCGUAUAUGGUGCCC